GGCAGCUCUGUGCAACAAGUUGAAAAAUAGAAGAAGCAAAUAGAAACAGCGUCCGCAAAUAGUGCGCAAAAUAGUGUUUUUUUUGUUAACGUGCAACAGUGACAUUGUUAAGCCAUUGAAUGCAAGUGAUAGUGGGACCAGAAAAACAAUGCAAAACACUUGGCCACGCAACAAUAACAAUUGAGCAAGGCACACACACACACACACAUGUGCAGGCACCCACUCGUGUAAGAGAGAGAGAAAGAGAUAGCGCGAGUGUGUGAGUGAGCGAGAGGCAAGAACUGUAACUGUAAUAUAAUUGAUAAAACAAAAAACGUCAGGAGCAGGAAUCCAGUGAAAGAGAGGCAGUGGCAGAAGGAGAGAGAGAGAGAGAGCUAGCGAGUAAGAGGACAGCGAAAAAGAGCUGAAAAAGGAGGAGAAAUUGUUGUUGCUAAAAAUAGCAACAAAUAGACAGGGCACGAAGAAGAAGAAGACGACGGCAAAUAAGAGCAAGAAGAAGAAGCGUUGACGCAGGCAAAAGUCGCAGCCUUUUUGGCCACUUGGACUCUUACUUUGUCCCGUUAGCCAGCUAACGCUCUCCCGGCGAGCAACAACAACAACAGCAAACAUCGAUAGCAACAAUAACAAUAACAAUAUCAAGGAGUACGACAUCAGCAUCAUCAACACAAAACAAAACAAAACAACAAGAACAACAACAGCAAGUACGACGACGGACCAAAACUAUGCUUUUGAAAUUCACAAAAACCAGUGGCGCUGGACCCUCGGCCGUACCGCUACUGACCCCCGCCCCCGCGCCGGGCUCCAGUUCGGCGUCCAUGCAGGCAACAACAACAAGUUACGCGGCCCGCGGAACAGGCAUGAGAAUGACCAUGUCCACCAAUUCCACAAUGAGUGCGCGAAUACAUCGAAAAGGAUUUCGCAUACCAUCGAAAAGACAGCCGGGUAAGGGAUUGCCCGGCAAGCUGCACACCAUAUCCAGGACGGGUCCUGGCAAAAUGGUUCCUGGGAAGCGAAUACCACAGCGACCCCAUCCGCCGCCCUGCGACAACUCGAACGACAGUGGGCUGGGUUUCGAUCAGCACACGGAGCUGAGGUCCUCGGCAGGAGCUGGGGGCGUGGCUGAUCCGGCGGCCAAUGGAGGCAGUGGCUCCAAUUCCGGCCAGCGAUCCAGUUUGCUGGUCAAUAGCGCUUUAACCAACACAGUGGCUGCUGCAGCAGCCGCAGCAGCUGCCGCGGUGGCCAGCAACACGUUGCAGCAGCAUCAGCAGCACCACCAACAGCAGCAGCAACAGCAGCAACAACAGCAGCAGCAGCAGCAGCAACAUUCACCGCAGCAGCAUUUAAUCAGAGCGAUACCUGUAUCAAGAUCGCGGAACAACACGAAAGUGAUGGCUCACUGUCUGGAGGAUCUGGACCUGAUAUCGGCGUCCUCGGAGGACGGCUCGGCCAUUGCGACGCCGGCCGUUUUGGACGAGGACACGGGCUUCGUGAACGACACCAAAACGACGACAGCCGGUGGCAAUAGUAGCUCGGAUCCCUUUGGAGGCGUCUUCAAGGCAACCGAGGCAGCCGUGGCAGCAGCCGUUAAUGCCUUCAAUCUGCAACAGCAGCAGCAUUCGGUGCAUCAGCAGCAGCAGCAUCAACUCUUUCAGUACAACGGAUUGCUGUUGCAGCCGCAGCAGCAGUUGCAGCACCAGCAGUCGCAGUCGCAGUCGCAUCACCACCACCAACAACAACAACAGCAUCACCGCCAUGGCAAGCAUAUCAAACGCAAGAAGCUCGAGUGCAACCAGGUGGAGCUGGACAACGAUGAUGCCUGCAGCGAGGAUGAGUUCAUCCGCAAGAUUGCCAGUUCGGUAACGAUGUCACCCACGCUCGAGGCCACGCCCUCGCCGCCGCCCAUUGCCGCCUCCGUUGCACCUGCCACGACCAUUGUUAACCUCCUGCCGCUCAUCAGCAGCGGCAACCACAACAACAACAACAACAUUGAGACAAAAUUCAUAUCGGCCAGGAAUGUCACUCGCGUGGCUAACAAACGUCAACCCACUACCCCGCUGAACAGCGUCGCCAGCUCCAACGAUGGCCAGGUGCAGCUUGAGAUCUUGUCGCAGCCGGAGCAACAGCAUCGGGCUCGCUACCAAACGGAGGGCAGCCGCGGUGCCGUCAAGGAUCGCAGCGGCAAUGGAUUCCCGAUCGUGCGACUGACCGGAUACGAUAAGGUUGCCGUCCUCCAGGUCUUCAUCGGCACGGACAUUGGACGCGUGGCACCGCACAUGUUCUACCAGGCCUGCAAGGUCGCCGGCAAGAACUCGACGCAGUGCAACGAGAAGAAGGUCGACGGCACCAUGGUCAUUGAGAUCGAUUUCAAGCCCGAAACGGACAUGACCAUCACUUGCGAUUGCGUUGGAAUCUUGAAGGAACGCAAUGUGGAUGUGGAGCACCGAUUUCCCGAGCAUCUGGCGCAAAAGAACAAGAAGAAAUCGACCCGCUGCCGGAUGGUGUUCCGCACCCAGCUGACCCGUGACGAUGGCACCACCGAGACCCUCCAGGUCUGCUCGAAUCCAAUCAUCUGCACUCAACCACCUGGCGUGCCGGAAAUAUGCAAGAAAUCAUUAAACUCCUGUCCCGUUGAUGGCGGCCUCGAGCUGUUCAUUAUCGGCAAGAACUUCCUGAAGGACACACACGUGGUGUUCCAGGAGACGUACGACAGCGUCAACGGCGACGAUCCGGCCACGGAAAUUGCAGUGCGCCAGCAGCUUAUCGGCGGAACAGCCGCUCUUUGGGAACAGAGUGUUCUGCCGGACAAGGAGUACCUUCACCAGACUCAUCUGAUUUGCACGGUGCCACCGUAUCUGCACCAGAACAUCCUGAAGCCGGUCCAGGUUCAGGUGUCGAUCGUCUCCAGCGGCAAGAAGAGCGAACCGCACACGUUCACCUACACGGCCAAGGGACAGUACACGACGUUGGCGGCGGCCAGCACGUUAAGUAACACAAUCCACGCCCAAGAUGUGAGCGGUUUCAUGGACACCACAUCAGCGUCCAAUGCGAGUGGCUCCAGUGGUUGGAGUGGGGCAGGCGGCUCCGGAAGCAACCCAUCUCCAGGCGAUAAUGUGGAGGCCAAGCACGAGAUCGAUUCGGGCAUGAUGCCUCCGCCCAUCACCACCCAAAUACCGAUGGGCGUUCGACGCUCCUCGCUGCCCAGUGUCACACCCAUGAUCACGGACCAGCAGCUGGUCCAUCUCAACGCAGUGGCGGCCAGUGCCGAGGCCCUGAAGACGGAACUCGACGACAGCAACUCGCACAGUCCCCUGACCGGUGAAUCCACACCGGACAGCCCCAACGCAGCCUUGCAGUAUCAUCGCUUUGCACGAAAGCCCAGCCUGGACACCAUUAUGUACGAUCAGUCGAACAGUCUACCCGGUUUCCCGGCCGUUGUGGCGCCGGCUACAGCUGCCGCCGUGGCCGCAGCAGUUGAUAUUGAUCCGGCGGCGGUGGCCGUUGCGGUGGAAAUGGCCGUAAAAAACGAGAUUGUGAAGCAUGUCGUGCAGCAGCACCAGCAGAUGCAGGAGCAAAUGCACGAGCAGCAGCAGCAGCAACAACAGCAGCAGCAGCAGCAGCAGCAACAACAACAACAACAGCCCCAACAACAGCAACAACAGCAGCAGCAACAGGUGCACAAGUUCAUUGAUGAACUGACCAAAUCCACUUCGGUGGUUUCCAGCAAUGGUACCACCGAACCAGCUCUGUUCACCACCUCGGCGGUGAUCGAUCAUGCCCUGACCGAUAUUCUGCAAGCCAAAGUGGGCAUUGCGCCGCCCAAUGUGGUGCUGGAGAGGAGUUUGUCCCUAAGCUCCACAAAUUCCAACAGCUCCAUGAGUGGCAGUGAGACUUCGCCGAAUAGUUCACCAUUGACGCAGGAUAUCAUACUCAAUUCGGAACCGGCAGCAGCUCUGGCCGGAGCUGCUGCCUUGGGUGGCCCGGCGCCUGUCGAUGUCACCGGUGGUCUGUCCACCGAUAUCAUUAUGAAUCCCGCCGUUUCACCCUCGACUAUUUUGUGCUCCGCAAAUGGAGCGGCCACUGCCGUAGUGCCGAAUAUACUCGCACCUCACCAAGUGACCAUGGCCAACUCCAUUUUGAACGACAUUGCCAUGCAGCCGGAACCUACACAGCAGGAUGCAGCUGUUGCAGCCUUGGCAUUGAGUAACAUCAUGAUGAGUCCACCCACCGCGGCAUCGGGUGUGGGCGUUGUGGACACACUGCCACCAACACCAGCGACUAUGCAGCCAGAGGUCGCAGCCACUGCCACAUCCACUGCGGUCAGCAACAUGAUUAUUAAGGCGGCGGCGGACUUUAUAACCACCCAGGAGCAGGAGCAACACCACUACCACCACCACGGUCGCGUCCACUCCCAUUCGCCACAGGCAGCUGUCGGAGUGAGCGGUAUUCCUGCCGAGACGGCAUCGGAUCCAUUGGUUAACCUGCUAUUGAACCACUCAAACGCACCAGAAACAGCGGCUGCUGCCGCUGCCGCAGUAGCUGUAGAAGCGGCCAACUUCCAGUCGAUGAAUCACAGUCACCACAGCCAUCAUGGUCAUCAUGGUCACAGUCACGGCCACGGCCAUAGUCGCGUCCCAGGACACGUAUCCGGGCAUGUGACCAGUCACCAUCGUGGUCACCACUUGCCGGUGGUGCCGCCGACACCACAAGAAUCUCUGAUCGUUGCGCUGGCCAGCGAGAAUGCUCUGCAAAAGUCGGUGGCCACCGCCGCGGUGACCACCAAUGGAGCAGUGAUGACGCAGCAGGCAUCUGCCCCGAACACAGCGGGCAGCAUACUUCCGGCAGCGGUUGGAGCGGUAGCUGCGGCGGCCGCCGUGGCGGUGCAGCCGCCCAUUCCCCAGGAGCUGACCACGAUGUCGGAUCAGGAUCUGAUCAGCUACAUCAACCCGAGCACCUUUGAUCAGCUUUAAACGGCUUCAGAUCAACAAAUUAAACUAUGUGGACUUGCUUUUUUUUUUAUCAACGAUAAAUGUCACUCCUACACAGGCUUAGUCUUAAGUAUAUAUGUAGUAUAUAGAGAAACACACACAAACAAAAAAAAACACAAACGAUAAGACGGAAUAAAGGUUUCAUGUGGACCAACUUUUUGACCAAGAGAAAGGAAUAAAAACGGGAUCAGAGAAUAAAAACCACAAACACAAACACAUUUGUAGCUUUAGAUUUGAUUACGUUUAGGCAUAAACCCUAUUUAAUAUAAUUACCUAAAUUUAAUGUUUUUUUUUUUGAUUUUUUUUGCUAUUUUAAUAUUGAUUUAUAAAAAAAAGGAUGAACUUAUCUCAAAAGGUUAAAUUAAAACAAUGAUAACGACUGCCAUAUACCUAUGAAAUAUGAAGUGAAAUCCCGAAAGUGAAGAAUGAAAACCGAAAAUGAAGAAUUCAGUUAUCAACCUUGAAAAUCGAUAAUUAUAGAAAGAACCAACUUUCAUAAAACAAAUGUUGAUUACGCUCUUUGCUGGAAGACCUAUUUUCAUAAUUAAGUCUGAUUUGAAAACUUCCUUUUUAUUUGUUUGAGAAUUUUAGGUAUAUUUUACAAUUAAAGCCUAACUAAACGUUUUGGCAGUAAAAUUAAGCUUAUUUAAUUUUGGGUCAAAAGAAAAACCACGAAAGGAAAUUAUUAUUAUACAGUUAAUAAUUUAUAAAAAAAAAAUACAUAUUAUGUGUAGCUACGAAUAUAAUGAAUAUGCGAGAAAUUCCAAAAGACUUUUGAUUUAAAGAAAAUGCAAUUAUUAUUUUGUUUAUGGUUUAAUCAUUUUUAUUUUCAAUUAUAUUGAAGGAACGACGAACACACACAAAUAAAGUUGUAACUGAUGUUAUUACUAUUAUUAUUAUUAUUAUUAUGAUAUCGCUAUUAUUAUGCAUACCCUAAAUGUUGAUAGUUGUUAUGUGUAGCGUUGUAACCUAUUUACCAUGCCGGAAUAAGAAACACAAAAGUGAAAAUAUAAGAGAACAAACCCACAACCAAACUACAUUGAAAAGUAACGACUAAGUUUAGUAUACCGAUUGUUAUACCCCAAAUAAAGAUCAAGAUCGAGAGUACUCUGCAUUUGUAUACCCAAGCCCAACAAUUUAUGUAUAAACAUCUACAAAUAUUCCAACCACGAAUUUCGCCCACUCCCAUGAAUCGAACUAACUGAGAAACUUAAACAUAGUUUUUUUUUUUGUUGAUAUUAGCUUGGUAAAUUUUAAACAAUUUGAUUGACAUACGUAAUCUAUAUGUUCAUAGAGUCGAUAAAUGUGUUAAACAAUCUCAGAGAUUGCAUAUUCCUCAUUAAAUGUUAAAGUCAAGUCAAUGAACGAAAGAGAUAGAGUUAGUAGGUGCAAGUGAGAUGGAGAGACAGAGAAAGAAAUAGAGAGAGAGAGAGGGAGCGAAGAGCUCGCGCUUAAGAAUUGUUAGUGUUAAAUGUUAUACACCUAUAUAUACAUUAUUUAUGUUAUAUAUAUACAAACAUAUAUCUAACUUUACAAUGAAUAAAAUAAAUGUAUUUUUGAUGUUCUUAUUGCCGAAAGUGCAGAACCGAUAAACUAUUGAAAAUCCCGAAGAGAACUCCCUGAAUUAUGUAACCGAACUGUCGAACGUAUCAAUUGGCGAAAUAACGAACCUAAUAUCCAUACUACCCCCAAAAUUUGUCCAAAAUCCUCCCAACGGAAUCAAUACUAUUCUGCUCGUUAUCUCUUUUUAUGUGAAUAAAAAACGAAAUCAUUGAAAAAUAA